AUGCCCCCAAUCUCAUCCUCACCGCCGCCCAGUCCACCGUCAGAGCCUCCUGCAUCCCAGCCCACCAUAGCAUCCACGACCUAUCCCGACUACGUCCUCCGCCAGGAGCAACUUGGGCUUGACAUGACCGCUGUCAUCACAAGCUACAGACGCAAAACGGCAGACUGGGACACGAGUCUCGACGACAAUUUUUGGAGGUUCGUCGGGAACCAUCCGACCGCCAAACAGUUCAGUGUGAACAUUUCGGAGCUCAACCUCGAAGAAUCGAGCCCGUCGACUGACCCGGCCAAGUUUCUGCUUGUCCGGCCCAUCGACCCCGUCUUGAUGAAGCAAUGGCUGGGCGAGAUAACGUCUUCGCCGGACUUGCCGGACUUGUCCAGUCUUGUUGUCCGCGGUCAACCAACAGACCCGUCCGAUCGGUACCACGCAGCGUCCUGCCUGUCCGGCAAAGUGAGUAGCCUGGUUGAGGAGCUCGGUUGCGAGGGCAAGACGCUUUUCUCCCCGAGCCUAGGACGUUGGCCGUUCAUGAAAGAUACCCCGCAGAGCUACAUGGAUGGCAUCUACUUCGCAAUCGAGUGGGUUCUCGACUACCAGGAGAGCGGAGACGAACUAGAGCCUCCAUCUGCGCCGCAUUCGGUUGCCUUCCUUGCGUGCAUGUCGCCGAUGCGCGAUGACCUCCUUGCCCAGGAGCUGCUUACGAUUUUCCGUCUCGCCAUCCACCGCUUCCUGACCAGCACCGAGUGUUCCCUGACCAGCACCGAGGGUUUUCGCGUCGUUCCGGUUACGCUAAUAACUGUAUCUGGAGAUAACUUGCGGGUUCUGCACGCAUACAUCGACGAUGUCAGUCGCAUCAUCAAUGUGCGCAAGUCAAAGAUCUACAACAUCAACAUCAAUAACCUUAGGGUCAAGGGGCGAGAGCAGUUCUGGACACUCAUCCUCCAAUGGGUGCUCGCCACACCAGACAUGCAGUCUGUUCACGACUUGGAGAAGCGACUCCCCCUAGCCGCCGCCGCAGGCAGCGAGCAGAGCGCGGCGGCUACGACAACCAGCAGCGCAGCCCGGCGCCCCCCACGGAUCGCGGAGCGGCCGGUGUCCCGGGGCCAGCGGGCGCCUGAGCAGUACGCCGGGUACCGCGGCGAGGAGGUGGCGCGGCACGUCUCGCCCGCCCGCAGCAGCUACGGCGGGCAGCAGGACCCGAUAUACCGCGACGAUCGGCGCUGCCGGGAGGACCACGACUACAGCAGGGAGCGGCAGCCGCAGUACCCAGAGGAGCAGCCGUACAGGGUGGAGCGGCGCGCGGGGGACCAGGCCCGACGGUGCCGCGGUACCGGGUCGCGGGGAGACGUUCCUGGUCGGCGUCUCGGCCGGAUGUCCAAAGGCGGGCACGGCUCGGCACAGGACCGUAGGGCGGGCGGGUGGAGGGAGAAGGCCAGGGCAGGGCAGGUAGGCGGCCCGGGACGAGGUGGCACUAGGGCUGCUUCAUCUAGCACCCCAUUGUUCAUGAAGGACCAAAGUAAUGGGAGGGAUGUCGAGAUCCUGCUGGAGAACGGAGCCAAGGCCAACCUGGAGUGUACGGGCAAGGGCCGUCGGAAGCUGGUGGUUGACUUUGCAGACGAACUGCCAGACAACGCAGAUGAGCGAGCGGCGACAUGUGGCCUCUACAGAGAGGACAUGGUCAAGCGUAGCCGCGAGAGGUGGCACAUGGCCUGCCUUCUGAAAGAGCACGCUAGAGCGCAGAAUCAGGGGGCGGGCGUCACCAGCUCAAGCACUGGGGCGUUUAGUGGCCGCUAUGAGCGGCUGGACUACCUGGGCACCGCAGGACAUCACCCGGUCGGUUCCCCCCCGAUUUACGUCAAGGACUACGCGGGCGCUGUGACGGAACUUUGCGCUAUUGCCGGGCACCGACUGGCGCCCACCGGUUUGGAUCGGGAGGUUCCGUGGAGGUACAACGCCUGCCACGCGGAAAAGCAGCUGAUUGGGCACCUCGCCAGCCGCCACCGGUCCCUGCCAGGCGACCUGCCGGACCCUGAGGGCCUCCCGGACAUGUUGCGCCUGAGCCUUGCGGACGACGGCUCCAACACUAUCGAGAGGAGAGGGACAGGUCCCGGCUCAAGUGUGCGGAGCUCGCAAAAGCGGAGCCGCCGGUCCAGCUGAUAAAGACCAGUGGACGAGCAUUGCUGGUGUGAUUCGAAACUAGUUUGUGCAUUAUACCCUAUUUAGAUGAUGCCUCACCCUCA